CCGCCUGGCCCCUCCCCUCCGCAGCCCUCCCCAAAGUUGCUGUCUCCCCCGGGGGCCGGCCAGUCUUAUGAUCCAGCGGAUCCUCCUGGGGAGGCCGGGCCGGGGAGAGGGCGCGGGCGCCGAGCGGCGGGGGCAGCGGACGGGCGCGGCGACCGGGGCCCGGGCGGGGAUCCGGGCAGCGACCGAGGCGGCGGCAGCGCCCCGGGCCCGCCGCCCCCUCCCCUCGGGCGGGGGGAGCCGCUGCAUGGGGCCGGGGGGGCGGCCCUGCUGCGCGGAGCGGCGGCGGCGGCGGCGGCGGACCCCCCAGGCGGGCUGGGGCUGAGCCCGGGGCCGGGGCGGGGGCUCCGGGGGGACCAUGCCCGGAGGCCGGCCGGCCGCAGCAUGGCUCACGGGCCCGGCGCGCUGAUGCUCAAGUGCGUGGUGGUCGGCGACGGGGCGGUGGGCAAGACGUGCCUACUCAUGAGCUAUGCCAACGACGCCUUCCCGGAGGAGUACGUGCCCACCGUCUUCGACCACUACGCAGUCAGCGUCACCGUAGGGGGCAAGCAGUACCUCCUGGGACUCUAUGACACGGCCGGACAGGAAGACUAUGAUCGUCUGAGGCCUUUAUCUUAUCCAAUGACAGAUGUCUUCCUUAUAUGCUUCUCUGUGGUAAAUCCAGCCUCAUUUCAAAAUGUGAAAGAGGAGUGGGUACCGGAACUGAAGGAAUACGCACCAAAUGUACCCUUUUUAUUAAUAGGAACUCAGAUUGAUCUCCGAGAUGACCCCAAAACUUUAGCAAGACUGAAUGAUAUGAAAGAAAAACCCAUUUGUGUGGAACAAGGACAGAAACUAGCAAAAGAGAUAGGAGCAUGCUGCUAUGUGGAAUGUUCGGCUUUAACCCAGAAGGGAUUGAAGACUGUUUUUGAUGAGGCUAUCAUAGCCAUUUUAACUCCAAAGAAACACACAGUAAAAAAAAGAAUAGGAUCAAGGUGUAUAAACUGUUGUUUGAUUACGUGAGAAACAUCUUCAGUGGCCAAGGAAACUGUCCAUUUCUCUCAAAAAGCAUAUGAAAUGCUACAGCUAUACCCAGACCUCUUAUAAAUAAUGAAGCAGUUUAAAACUUGAAACAAAACAAAACAAAACAAAACCUGUCCUCAGAAUUCUAUAAAAUUCAUUAAGAAUGUUUCUUAAAGGUCCAAGAAGCAGCAAACAGCAUCUGAAGCCACAAUCUACUAUAAAUACUUUAUUUCAACUAGAAGGUACAAUCUCUCAGGGGUUUCAUAGUUUAAAAAGCUACAAUCACACCAUGUUGUAACUACAUAAAAAACAGUGCUGUAAAUGGAACUGCCUGGCUUAGACCAUGUACAUUUCUGCACAGUCCUUAUGGAAUCUGCACAAUGAAGUAUCUUCUCCCUUUGCUCCAAUUAAUUGUUCUUGUAUGUAAGUUGCUUUCUAUUCCAGUAUAUCCAGAGUGGUGAAAUCACAAGGCCAGCCACGUAGCCAAAGGUCGCUCCAAGCGUACAGGAGAUGGGCCAUACCUGAGGAGAGAAUGUAUGAGAUCAAAAAAGAAUAACUGUUUUAUUAUUACUUGAGCACAAGUUAAGUGUAACCUAAAUAUUUCUAUAUUAAAGCUUAAUGUGCUUUCUUAAAGAAUGUCAAAAGUGUAACAAGGUCAUAACUGCAUUUAUCAUGAACACUAAAAAUGUACACAUUCUAGUUAAUGUACAUUCGACUGUAACAAGGCUUCUGGCGACUGUAGAUUUAGUUUGAUGCUCCCCAAACUGCAUGAGAUACACCCUAAAAUUACAAAUUAAAAUUCUGGGUCAGACUUUGUCAUAAUCCUGAACUCGAUAUAGCUGUCUGAAGUAGCUGGCAAGUUUGUCUUUUAAUUUCCACCUUGGCUUAUAUAAUCAGAUGACAUGAGACGUGUGUAUGCUGACCAAACUACAAGAAACUUUAAAUAGUGCUAAAGAGAACAGACCUAGAAUUCGAGCAUGUUACAUGGAAUUUAUAACAAAGCAACUGCUUCCAUAGUAAUACUGAUGUUACCUUUCAGACACAGGUAUUGGAACCAUAGCAGAAGUUCUAGAACUACAACUUACGUACACAACUAGAGUGUCAGUUAAAUGAAAUACUGGCUUCUAAAUACCCAUUUUCUCCAGCCAUAUUACAUUUUGCAAUAUUACAUCAAGCAAGCCAGAAGUAAAUAAUGUUGAUUUCUUUCAUCCACAAGCAGUGCAUGCUAGUCCCUAGGUGAAAGGCCCUGCUUUAAAAAAAAAAAAAAAAAAAUUAUGUUCAUCUGUGAAGCUUAUUUGGUAUACUGGAGCCUUUUCUAAUCUUUCUCUGGGGGAUCAGGCCAUAGAACUGUGUUAGAGGUGAACCAUCUUAAUUACUAGUUCUGUAACCUAAUUAAGCUUCCUUGUUUGGUCUGCUACUGGAUCUGCCUUGUUCCAAAUGCCAUGCAACAGACAAUAGUGUUAAAGUUUCAAUGUGAACAAAGUAAUGCAGUUCAGAGAAGCAUAAUCUAACCCAUAAAUUUUUCUCCAGCCUUUCCUACAUUUGAACUUGCUGUUGACUAAAUUAUGAUUUAUUUAUGUCUUUGGUAAGCUUCUGUUAAUUUCCAUGACUUGAGCUAAUCGCUGUGUCUAUUGCACAGAUUGGGUAAUGGAACACUAAACUUUUAUACUUGAAAAUGACAGCCUUAAAUGCUCGUAUCAGUCACAAAUCUAGGAUGUACUGUCUUGUAUGUGAGCUUUGUAGAGAUUUUUAAAAAUAUAAGCAUCAUCUUCCCCACUGAAGAGUGGAAAAGUCUACUGGAUAACUAGUCAGGAUCUUUCUCUCCGAACUGGACAGUGGAUGUCUUCCUUCUCCCAAAAAGUGAUGGUUCAUAUUAAGUACCAUGGCCUUAUGUGUGUUCAAACAGAAUCUUUAUGUAACUUUCUCAUUUAAUUUGGGUCGGUUAAUUAUUAGCUAUUUUUAGAUACAACUGAAAGGAAUUGCAUAAGUCAAUUAGUAUAUUAACUAAGUUGUCCAACACAUGGUAUAAAGGAAUUAAGACAGUAAAGUAUUAUACGUUUCCAACUGGCCUUUGGGGAUUUGAUGGGGACUUUUUUUUUUUCUUCAAAUUCACCUCUGAAGCUUUUCAUACUUGGUUUACUAGCCAAUUAAAGUUAAAGUCUAGAAUUUGAUAUGCCCUACGAGAAAUGGACUAGGAAUCCGGAAACACAAACUCUGGUGUCACUGUUUCCUGCCUGGGCCUCAGUUUCUUCAUCUAUAAACAUGGGAGGUAGAACGAGAGGACCUCCAACAUCUCUCCCAUUUAUCAACUCUUAUGAUUCUCUUCUUUCUUAUUCACAGUAUUCACUGUUGGACAUUACCUUUUCAGCUGCACAUUAAGAUGGUAAAAAUCCUGUAUAUAGAUUAUUAGAACUCUAAGCAAAGAUGAUUGUAUCAUCUGAACCUGAGGUGCCUUAGGUACUCUAUUGACCUUGAUGGGGUUUGGAGUUUCCCAUUGCUUAUUAAGAGCCUUUUCAUUGCUUUGAUUCCUUAGUAUUUCUUUUUGCACUCAAUCCUUCCUGCCACCCUAUAAAAACCAAAGAUUUGUUUUCUAUUCAUGAGCAGAUUGUAGAAAAAUUGCCUUAUUUUCAGAAGCACGUCCUCAUUAAAGACUUAAGUUUCAGCAGAAAUUGAGACUAAUCACUGGAGCAACUAGUUCAAAGUAGUCAAAUAUCUGGGAAAUAAAAUACUUCAAAAAUAUCUUACUGACAUGAAUUUUGCUAGUCAAUGCAAAUACAUUGCUUCAAAUAAGGUCAUGUAUGAAUGAACUUAACGUACAGUUAUUUUUUUUUUUUGCAUAUAAUCAGUUCUGAAAUUCUUAAAAAUAAUUUUAGGGGCUCCCUGAAGUCUUAUUUCUAAUACUUUGCUAACUUGUGCCCUUAUUCUGUUUCUACAGAUACAUUUUAGGUUAGCCCAUGUUGAAUGAUCUUAUUUCCAGUAAGUAGAGCCUGAAUUAAUGGUUUUUAUUGUGAAUUAGUUACUUUAGGCGUUGCUUCCAUUUGAUUUUUAAUUAUUACUCUUAAGUACCAAAUUAAAUAACUGGUUUGUUGGUUGUUGUUUUUUAAGUGAUUGUUACUUUAACAGUGUCCCAUCUUAACACAUGGGGUUAUAAAUAAAAUAAUAUGCAUAGUUUACUAUCUAUGUAAAGCAUUGAACUUCUUACCUUAGUAGUUUUUAUUUAACACCCUAUGUAAACGUUUGGGGUAAUACUCAUUCUUGUUUCUCAAGCUGUGAGUCUAAUCACCAGCCAAGUGUGAGCACCUGCACUUUGUUAAAAAAGCACAUUGUCAAAGUGUAGCGAGAAUAAUAAUCCCUCAUGAAUCCUAUCCAAAUUCCAAUUUGGGUCACUAAAUUCUACUUGAGUCACUUUUGUAAUUUCAGUACGGCUCUUCGUUUCCAAACAUACGCACACACACGCACGUUCCUUACACAGCCGCCGUACUGCACCUCCAGUGAUGUGCUGAGAUGAGUUUAAAAGUUGUGUUUAAUGAGGGGUGGAGGCUUAGAACACUUGCUAUUUAUUCAAUUCUUAAGAAAUCCAUGCCAUCAGCAAGUUAAAAUGUUGGACUGGCUUUGAAGACUAUUUGCUAGUCAUGAAUCAGGCUUUCCUGCUUGACUUUCCUGGAAUAAGGAGCCCUUAACUGUGACACAGUUUGUUAAAGGAGAAUUUCUUCAUAUAUGGGCAACCUUUCUGAUUUUUUAUUCCCAGGAUAGGGAAUGGCAAAAGGAGCAGCCGAAGGGAGCUGGCGGAGGCUGCCCACUAAAUCACCUUUCCUCUAAGGUUUUCAUGAUUGAAUUUCCUACUAACCUUCUUACAAAUGCUUUAAAAAAUGUAAAACUACACAAUGGCAACAGAUCUCAUAUUGACUUAUCGAACCAUCUUAGCUUCAUCUUGCAUUUUCAUACUGAGAUCUUGGGGUUUUCCAUUUAGAACUGGGUACUUGUCUUACACAUAGAGAUGUUUCUAUUUAACAUUCUUCAUGCCACAAGUAGGCUUAAGAAACAAAAACAACUGGUAUCAUCUACUGAACAGACAAUCCAACUGCAAUGCUACAAACAUUUCUCCAAAUUACAGUCAUCUGAGAUGGCUAUAUAUAAUUAUCUUGUUUUGUUUAAGGAAAAUAGAAAACUCAAAGACAUUCAUGUAAAGGAACUCAUUCACAAGUGUUUGCCACUACAAUUACUGUCUUCUUUUUAUCCAGUUUUUUAUAAAUUAAAAAAUUCUUAACCACUAAAUGGAAAGGAAAAAAAAAACCCGUUGCAUAACAAAAGAUAAUUUAUCAUGCAAGUGGGUAAAAUUAUUACAAUUACUGUUAAAAAACCUAUUUUAAAAAAUGAAGAGCUACAUCACAUGAACAAAGUGUCUUGCUUAGAGUACUAUACUAUUAUCCUUUCUCGAAACCAAUUGACUCCUUAACAACAUUGUUUUUUCAUCACUUAAACCAAAAAAGGUCAGUGUUCUCUUCAAAUACUCAGCAUUAAGAAAGGCCUAAUAUUAUAGGGUCUGGGUACGUGGUACCACCAAAAAGUUGUGUUUCUCUCAGAAAUAAAACAGUUUCACCCUAAUAAGCUGAAAACCGAUUUCUCAAUAAAUACAGAUUUAACUUUG